AUGGAUAAUUGGUACACGAUGAGUGAUUUUGAGGAAGGAUACAAUGCUGAAAGAGUUAUUGAGGACCCAGAAAUUGGGGCCCCCAUCCCUAUUUCCUAUUCCGCUCUCUCAGUACCAGUCGAGUCCGGCAAAGACCUGAACUAUUUGACGAUGUUUGACGACCCAGACGCUCUUACGAUUCUGAUUGAAGCUGCGGAAGGGAGGAGGUACUGGGCACCGCGUUCCAUUUUGGUCCCGUUGAUAAUCGACGGUACAAGAGUGGUUUCAUUAGUCUAA